AAAAAUGAAAGGUCAAAACUCAAAAGAAUAGACUUAUCGCACCGUUGGACUCGCUUCCUGGGAGGAGACCGAUCGCUUCAUCUCUAAGGAACGAUGUCUCCGUUUCUUCCUCCCCAAUUUCCUCCGUCACCCAAAAUAUAAAUCCAUCCGUUUCGUUUCGAAGUGCGUUCGAAUCUUUCGAAGUUGCAAGGAAUUUCGACGUUCUGAUUCCUCCGGAAUCCCUAGAGAGGGACCUAUCUGCUGAAUUUUUGCGGAAAAGCGUUCCAAUUUUGGGACUGCGGUGCUCUCUUGGAAGCGGAGAGGAUCUAUCGAAGAAAGUUCGAAUCUUUCGCAGCUUCGAGGAACUUUUGGCUUCUGAUUCCUUAACCCCAGCGGACGGUCCAAUUUGCUGAAUCUUGGAAGGGCGCAAAGAUCUAAAUUAGGGAUUUUGGAGCGGUUAUUUUGCUACUGAUAGCCUUGGGAGCGCCCACUCCUGGGGUUUCUCUCUUGUUUUGGUGCAUAAUUAAGGUUCUCGAGGAAAAUUAUUGAUGGGAGCGCGGCAAUCCAAGGAUGAGCUGCUCUACCAGCAGGUCAAUUAUGGCAACAUUGAAGGGAUCAGGGCUCUUCGCAACCAAGGUGCCGGAUUGGAGUGGAUAGACAAAGAAGGGAAGACCCCGUUGAUCCUUGCAUGCAUGAGGCAUGAUCUCUUGCAUGUUGCAAAAGCGCUAAUCGAGAUGGGUGCCAAUGUGAAUGCUUAUCGGCCUGGGUCUCAUGCAGGAACACCACUGCAUCAUGCUGCAAAAAAAGGCCUCGAGCAAACUGUUCAUUUACUUCUCUCUCAUGGAGCAAAUCCUUUCAUCAUGAAUGAUGAUUGUCACAGUGCACUUGAUUUGGCUAGAGAGAAGGGGCACUGCAAUGUUGUCCGUGCCAUUGAGAGUCGAAUAUGCCUUUUCUCUGGCUGGCUGCGGGAGCAUUAUGGGCCGGGCUUUUUGGAAGCAUUUGCUCGACAGCUGAUGUCAAGAAAAAUUUGGGCUGUGGUUUUACCUUGCGAUUCCCGUAAUCCGACAAGGCCUCUGAAGUUUGAGUUAGCUAUAUAUCCUGACCUGCAGGUUGCGAAGCCACGCAUUGUUAUUUCACUUUGGAAAACUCAUAUCGAAGAACCAAAGUUUAACCAGCCAGAUCCUUCUGUGGUUGUUGUUGACAAGGCCACUAGAACACGGUACAAGUUUUUAUCAGCAAAUGAAGGUGACAAGCAACAACUACAGUGGUUCUAUAAUGCAUGCCGAGGAAUUCCUCAGAUGAAUAAUAACAUUCCAGUAACACCAGUAGGUGGACCCAUGCCGCCCCCAUCACAAAUAAGCUCAUAUGCAUCAGCAGCAUUAACAGGCACACAUACAUCGAACCAGGAAGAUGUAGAGUUAGCCAUGGCCAUUAAUGCCUCUAUUCAGUCAGCUAUAGCAGAGGGAGUGCCUGAUGUCCAAACAGUUACUCAGACCAGCAACACUAAUGGCUGGGGGAGUGCAUCUGAUAGUUCUACUCACAAUGGCUGGGGUUCACCAGAUGCUGCUGCACCUUCAAAAAUGAAUGCCCAAGCACAUCUGAACGAGCCAAAUACCAGUGCAUACAAUGGAUGGGCUGCUCCUGAAGUUAGUCCAAGUAAUGGUGCAUCACAGCCUACUACCAGCCAACCUGACACUCCAAUUAUUGUUCCAUCCAAUGAGACACCUCCCACAGUUUUGGUUCCUUCUGCUCCACCAAUUGUUGAGGAGAUAUUUUAUGAUGGACCCAUUCACUAUCCGUCGAUAGAUGCCAGUCCUGUUGAUAUAAGCAUGCCAACUGUAGAGAUAAAACCUGCAACUAACGAAGUUAAAGAAGAUCGUGCAAGUACUUCAAGCUUUUCCAAACCUGGGAACAGUGAAGUUAAAGAAGGCAAUGAUAGUACUUCUGGGUUUUGUGUUAUCUGUUUGGAUGCCCCAGCGGAGGGGGCAUGCAUUCCGUGCGGCCACAUGGCUGGAUGUAUGCCAUGCUUGAAGGAGAUCAAAACGAAGAAUUGGGGAUGCCCUGUUUGCCGUGCCAAAAUAGAUCAGGUCAUAAAGCUCUAUGCCGUUUGACUGGUCAAUCUGGAGCUGAACAGUUGAUGAGGAUGACAGAUCUUGGGUGCUGUCAUGAUGUCCUAAAUUUUGUGACCCUAUGAAUAAGUCAAUGACAUCUAUGGAUUGUUCUUGAAUUUCCAGUGAAGGUCAAGAUAUAGUAAUAUAAUUUGUAUAUGCUGCAGUUUCUGUCAGUAAGAAGAUUGUGUUGGUGUCAUGCAUUCAUGUGCCUGAAGUAAGGUAAUGUUGUAUAUAAACAGUCUGUAAUGUUGUUAUUGUGGACAACAUUAAUGACGGAGUCUUAUUGUUCCAAAAGGACAAUUGUAUUACAUGCGUGCCUCACCUUUGCUACAAAGUGAUUGCUGAAAUGUAUUAGCAAUUGGUAUGCUGCAUUCUGGAGGCAAAAGGUGAGAAGUUGUGUGCAAUAUUCAACUGAGACUCCAUCUUUACUCUUUAUCUUUAAUUUUGUAGGCAUGCUCUAUGAUCUUAUAAUCAA